AUGUCAGUAGAAUAUCGUCCAGAUUUAGUAGCGAAAACCUUUAACUUGGAUGUAAAAGAACUGAUGAGAGAUCUAAUGCAAAAGGAAAUUUUUGGAAAAAUCAUAGCUUAUGUAGGUGUAAUUGAGUUCCAAAAAAGAGGAUUACCACAUUUGCAUUUACUUGCAAUGUUAGGUGAUGAAGAAAAGCCAAGGCAUGAAGAAAUUGUAGAUAAGAUGGUAUGGGCUGAAAUCCCUGAUGAAGAAAGGUAUCCAGAGCUUAAUGCAAUGGUUUUAAGGCAUAUGAUUCACGAACCAUGUAGCGACAGAUCGAGAAGAUAUCCUUGCAUAGGGGAAGAUGGAAAGUGUACAAGAGGCUAUCCAAAAGAAUUUAGAGAGGAAACAAAAGCAAAUGAGAAUGGAUAUCCCAUGUAUCAAAGAAGGAAUAUAGGGAAAAAAUACAGGGUAAGAGGAAAAGAAAUUGAUAAUCGAUGGGUAGUGUCCUAUUCGCCAUAUUUAUUAAUGAAAUAUGAUCGGCACAUGAAUUUGGAAAUAUGUUCAUCAGUAAAGAAUGUUAAAUACUUACACAAGUACAUUCAUAAAGGAUUUGAUUGUGCUGCAAUUGAGGUGCAAACAAGAGACGGAACGAGACUAAUUAAAAUAGAUGAGGUAAAAUCAUUCAUGGAUGCAAGAUAUGUUAGUACACCAGAAGCAAUGUGGAGACUGAACGGAUAUGAAAUGUUUAUGAAGUCUCAUACAGUAAUAAGACUGGCAGUUCAUUUGCCUAAUCGUCAAAUGAUAUAUUUCAAAGAGGGAAAUCAAGAGCAAGCAGCAAUAAGUGCGCAGAAAAGAGACACUACACUUACUGCAUGGUUUAAAUUGAAUCAAGAUGAUGAAAGAGCAAGACAUUUAUUAUACGCAGAGGUUGCGUCACAAUAUGUGUAUGAAAAGAAAGAAACAAAAUGGAAACUACGUCAAAAAGGAACAGAAAAGAUCAUUUCCAGAUUAUAUACAGUAAGCAUAAAAGAUAAUGAAAGAUAUUAUCUACGACUGCUUCUCCUACAUGUUAGGGGAGCUAAAUGUUACGAGGAUUUGAGAACUGUCAACGGAGUUCUUUAUGAGACGUUCAAGGAUGCGGCAAAAACAAGGAAUUUGAUAGAAUCAGAUGAUCAAUGGGACAAAACGCUAGAAGAAGUGAAAGAGAGUCAAAUGCCUGCACAAAUUAGAGAGCUAUUUGCUUAUAUUUGCAUAUAUGGAACACCUACAGAUGUACCAACACUUUGGAAUAAAUAUAAAGACGCCAUGAUUGAAGAUUAUGUACACAGAAAUAUGGAUAAUCCAGAAAAUAUAGCUAUGAAUUGUAUCGAUGAAAUUAUGAGAAAUAAUGGAACUAGCUGUGUAAACUUCAAAUUGUCAAAACCAAAGCCAGUGAAAAUCAUUAAAAUAGAAUAUGAUUUAGAUGAGGAAAAAAGUAGAGGAGAAGAUUUAUUGUUGACAUUAAAUGCAGAGUAA